GGCUGCGCCGCUGCUUGUUUGUUUUUAGAACGAUAAAAGCAUUCUGAAGCGGUUUAAAGUUUUUGCAAAUAUGAAAUGAAUGUAAAUUAUGAGCUAAUGUAAUAUUGUGAUGCAUAUUUUAAAACGCAGAUAGUAAGUUUCCCGUAAAUGGCGCAACAUUUCUGAGUACUUUGAUUUUCUUCUUAUUUCUACAAAGACACACUUCCAAUCUACGGGAAACAUCUAUGAUUGUAAAGAUGGAGUUUAUUAAAGAAGAGCGUGAAAACAUGAGAGUAACAGAAGCAUGCAGAGUGAAAAAUGAAGAAACUGAAGAACAUGGAGAUAGACAGAGAUAACAGAUAGACAGAUAGACCCUCUCCAGUCUCCAUGCAGAAUAAAACAGAUCUGAUGGAAGUUAAAGAGGAAAGUCUAGAACUGAAUGAAGUGGAGAAGAAACAUCAGUAUCUUGAACCUGAUAAUGUCUCCGCUGGAGAAAAAUCUUUUCUUCGAUUCAUACAGAGUGAAAAUUAUAUCUCACAGAUAGAAACAGGAGCCAAAAAUCCUAUUAUCUGUCCUCAAUGUGGAAAGAGUUUCACAAAAAGAGGAACCCUUAAGAUUCACAUGAGAAUUCACACUGGAGAGAGGCCUUACACAUGUGAUCAGUGUGGAAAGGGUUUCACAAAAAGAGGAACCCUUAAGAGUCACAUGAAAAUUCACACCGGAGAGAGGCUUUACACAUGUGAUCAGUGUGGAUUGAAUUACACACACAAAAAAUCCCUUGAAAUUCACACGAGAACUCAUGCUGGAGAGAAGCCUUUCGCAUGCCAGCAGUGUGGAAAGAUUUGCAAACACAAAAGAAGUCUUCAGAUUCACAUGAGAACUCACUCUGGUGAGAAGCCUUACAUUUGCCCUCAGUGUGGAAGGAGUUACACACGUCCAUCAAACUUUAGGAUUCACAUGAGAAUUCACUCUGGAGAGAAUCCUUUCACAUGCCCUCAGUGUGGAAAGAAUUUCACACGUAAAGAAAACCUUGAGGUUCACAUUAGGACUCACACUGGAGAGAAGCCUUUCGCAUGCCCUCAGUGUGGGAAGAGUUUCACACAUCCAUCAAACUUUAGGAUUCAUAUGAGAAUUCACUCUGGAGAGAAGCCUUUCACAUGCCCUCAGUGUGGAAAGACUUACACAAACAAAAGAAGCUUUCAGAUGCACAUUCGAACUCACUCUGGAGAGAAUCCUUUCGCAUGCCCUCAGUGUGGAAAGAAUUUCACACGUAAAGAAAACCUUGAGGUUCACAUUAGGACUCACACUGGAGAGAAGCCUUUCACAUGCCCUCAGUGUGGGAAGUGUUUCACACACCGAUCAAACUUUAGGAUUCACAUUAGAAUUCACACAGAUAAAAAGCCUUACUCAUCCCAUCAAUGUGGAAAGUGUUUCAGAAAUUAUAUAAGGCUAAGUCAUGGUAACAAUUCUAGUGAGAAAUUACACCAAUGUUCAGGGGCCAUAUUUAUAAAGCCACAUAAAGUAAAAUGUUAGUCUUAAGUGUGUCAAAAUUCUAAGAAUGAUGUCAUUUUGCACUUAUUCCUAGACUUAAGAAAAAGUGUGAUUCAUAAAAGUUCAUAAGUGUUAACUAAGACUUGGUCUCAGCUCUUAAAUUAUUUAAGAGCACUGGAGAGGUAUCCUAACCUAGUUGAGCAGCAUGAUGACAGAUUUAUUCAAAGACAACAUACACUCCAAGAAAGAAAGAAUGUGUUGGACUAUCUUGAGCAAAUUUCGUAUAUUUGAGCAAACAGGUGAAAUCCAUCAACCUUUUUUUUUUUUUCAUUUAAUGAAUACAUUGAAACUCAUUAUUGUGGAUGCAGUGCAACAUUAAGCAUUUGACAAAUUCUGAUGGACUAUAUGCCUGUAUGCUUAUAUGCCUAAGCUAUUCACAAGAAGCAUCUGCUGAGGUGGACCAUGCCUCGCAAAAAAGAGAUCUCAGAAGACCUACGAUCAAGAAUUGUUGCAUCCAGUCAAGAUGACUCAAAGGGCACACCUCAGAAUGCUCAGUGAGGUAAAAAGAACCCUAGAGUGACAGCUAAAGACUUGAAGGAAUCAUUGGAACUGGUUAACAUCUCUGUUCAUGAGUCUACUAUACGGAAAACAUUAAACAGGCAUGGUGUCCAUGGCAGGACACCACGAAGGAAGCUGCUGAUUUCCAACAAAAACAUUGCUGCGUGCCUGAAGUUUGCCAAAGACCACUCCACAACGCUACUGGGAAAAAAAUUGUGGACUGAUGAAAUAGAGGUUGAAUUGUUUGGGAAAAACUACGUAUGCCGUAAAAAGGGCACCGCAUACCAACAUGAAAACAUCAUCCCAACAGUCAAGUAUGGUGAAGGGAGCAUCAUGAUUUGGGGCUGCUUUGUGGCCUGGACCGUUUGCCAUCAAUGAGGGAAAAAUUAUUUCCCAAGUUUAUCAAAAUAUCCUACAGGAUAAUGUCAGGGUGGCUGUGCUCCAACUGAAGCUCAGUAGAAGUUGGGUGAUGCAGCAGUACAAUGACCCUAAACAUCGAAGUAAAUCCACUACAGAAUGGCUUCAAAAAAAGAAAAUCCACCUUUUGGAGUGGCCCAGUCAGAGCCCAGACUUUAACCCAAUAGAGAUGCUGUAGAAAAACUUCAAGAGAGCCGCUCACACCAGACAUCCUAAGAAUAUGUCUGAACUGAAGCAGUUCUGUAUGGAAGAAUGAUCCAAAAUUCCUUCUGAACGUUGUGCAGGUCUAAUUUGCAGCUACUGGAAAUGCUUGGUUGAGGUUAUUGCUGUCAAAGGUGGAUCGACCAGUUAUUAAAUCCAAGGGUUCACUUUUUCCACAAUACUGUGAAUGUUUAAUGGGAUCUGUGAAUGAUUAUAAUUGUUUGUGUGUUGUUAGCUUAUGCACAUUGUGUUUUUGUCUGUACAUUUUAUGACCAGUUAAUACAGAAAACCAGCUAAUUCCAAAGGGUUCACAUACUUUUCCUUGCCAAUGUAUGAAAUUACUUAGUGCUGUAAAUUAAAAGAAUAAAGAGAUAACAUUUAUAUUAAAGGUUAACAGUCCAUAAAGAAUUAUCUGCAAACAACAACAGGCUUGCAGUAUCACGUGGAACUUCUGCAUUCAGGAAAAGGUUGUUACAGAAACUAAAGUGAUUUCUGGGUUACUACACUGAGUAUUUCCUAUAAUAAUGAUCAGAAAUUAUAAAAAAUUGGGAGUGGGUGAUUAAGAACUAUUACAAACUUUAUCGCCGAGAAAUCUCAUUCUGCAUGAGGAGGGGGAGCCACAUUACACUCAAAUGACAAUUAAUCUACACAAAUCCCCAAAGUGUUGCUAUAAAUAAACCUUAAAGAAUUAGUUCAUCAGAAAUUUUAAAUUCUGUUAUUUUUUUACUCACCCUAAUGUUGUUCAUUCCAAACUUGUAUGACUUUCUUUCAGGGAACACUAAGGACAGGUAAAAAAAAGAAUCUUCACACAGCUUUUCGCCAUGAUGAAAGUGAAUUGUGACCAAGCUUUUGGGGAGUAAAGGAUUUGGAAUGACGUGAUAGAAUUUCCAUUUAUUCCUUUUACUUUAAUAAUACAAUGUUAAACAUAAUUAGCUAGGUUUUAUUAUAAUGGUUGAGAGAAAAAUCAGAAACAUGUACACUUUUAUGUUUAACAUUGGAAAAAUGUGUAAUUCUUCAAAUAAAAACAGUAUGUUAAAAAGUGAUGCAUUUAUGAAUAUGUUGAAGUUUUAUAUUGAGCUGUAUUUUAUAGUAUGCAUAACAUAGUUAUGUUGGAGGAAAUGUGUAACUUUCCUUUAUGCACAGUGUAAUCAUAGAAAUGAACUUACUUUGUCUUGCCUAUUUUGGAUGUAAAAAGGAUUUGGCCCUUAUCCUGUACACACUGUACAUAAAAGAGAAAGAACAACAAAUACAGUAAAGUCCACCGCAUACAGCGACUACCUACCUCAGUUUCCUCACUGUGUUCUGACCCCGAGAAAGUUCUGGGGUAUUUCUGGCACUGCCCCUUCCCUAAUUCCUAAUGGAAUUUGAAUAUCAUAUGCUCAA